AUGGAUAUUCGAUCGUUUUUAAGUAAAAAAAAAUCUGAUGAAGAUAAUGCAUCUGCUGUGCUUGAGCCACACACAUCGAGAAAUACAAGUGUUUCUGCUCAAAAUGACCGUAUUGCACAAAAAAGGAAUUUUAAAAUAGAAUGGCUUAAACAAUAUCGCUGGUUAGUUUAUUCUAGACAUUUAAAAGGCGGCUUAUGCAAACAUUGUGUUGUUUUUCGUCUUGUCGUUAAAAGAGGAUUAUUAGGAACGUUCAUUAUUGUAAGUGAAUUUACCAAGUAUAAAGAUUUUCAUUUUCACUUAAUAUUUUUAUAUCACUGCCUCCGACAACGUGCACAAUAG